GUUGGAUACUCUCUUAGAAGAGAUAAUCUAAGACGCUGUCAAAAUAUAUUGGAUCUCGUCAAAUCACAUCUUCAAAGCUUGGAUACAUCAGAAAUUGAAAGAUGCUUAGAACUUGAAGGUCUUCGUGACCGGCUGACUGAGACUCAAGCCAGGAGUGGCUGUCAUGCAAAGUCAGAACAGUUGCGGAAACAGAUGAAGAUGUGGACCAAAGGCAUCGUCUAUACAACUUCUUGUCUGGCAAUCAGAUUAUCGGACAUUCUAGAUAUUGAGACAAAGGGACGCUGGUGGAUCAUUGGCUCUGCCCUACCCUCAUCCACUAAUGGCCCACCAAUCACCGAGGGAAACUCUGAUUCGCAUCGCCUUUUCUCAUCUGCCAUCCCAAAGACCCUGGCAACCGCUUCAAUUGGGCAGAACCUUUCGCCUGAAGUAUGCAUCUGA